AUGGCGGAUGCCUCGGAAACAUGGUUGCCAGAUGACGAGGAGUUCCACCUUGAGGAGGGCGAGGAGGGCUUGGAGGGGAGCACCGGCGCCUCCUGGAUCGCUUUUCUGCGCGAUGAUGUCAAAGUCCAGUGCGCGGUUUGGCUCUGCGCAUCUGCUGCGGCGGCAAGGCACGCAGCGGCGCCUUGCUGCCGGGGUUUGCUCGAGCUGGGCUUGGGCGUGUCCUCCAAAAUUCCCAGUGUCAUCGGCUGGGCUAUUGCUAGCUUGCUCUCGCUCGCAUGGCUUCUGCUGGACCUGCAAAUGGUCUUCACUUCAGAGCAGAGAGCGAUGCUGUUCCCUCCCUGGAGUAUCCUAGUGUUUGUGAAGCAGCCGGUGGCUGUUGGGUCAGUUGUCAUUUUCUUGGGCUACGAUGGUCGAAGCUAUGUGCGACGGGUUCAGGCCAUCGAUGAGACUGUCGCUCCCAGCAGGCUCCAAACUGUCGGAGACCUCGCUGGGGCGCCCAGUGACAAGCCCCUCUACAGUGCCGAUGGGAGUGCGGAUUGGCUGGAGGCUCAGGCGAUCAAGGGCACGCUCCUUGCAGGACCGUUCCCGAUCUCGAGCGUCCUGUCCGUGGCAUUGAUCUUGAUCGUUCUCAGUCCUCCCAUGGCUUUCGCGUUCUUCGUCACCAGCCAGCCCCUGGUAACGCUCUGGUUCCUGCUGCUUGCCAGCAUUGGCAUGAGCUUCCUGUUUGGUGUCAGCUUCAUGCACGACUCCCUGGGUCUCCACCAGAUAGAGAAUCCCAGCGAGAGCGAUGUGGCGGUCUCUCUACAUGUGUACUCGCCACCCUUCCAGGAGUGCCGUAUCUUCCCUCCUACCGGUGCGCCGCCGAAGACUGCACCAAUGGUCAGCGUCUUCGUUCCUGAGGGAUUGCAGAAGGCCGCUGAGGAAUCCAAGAGUCUCAGCCUGCAAGACUUCUGCGGGAAGCUCAGCGACCUCCGAGCCGAGGAGGGCGAUGGCAAAACUCAUCUGCAUCCCGUGCUGGACCUGCUGGUGUCUGCAGAGAUGACGGACAUGGAGUGGGCUUCCUACGCAAGUCCCAUGCACUUCAGCGAGUUUCAACCCGUCCAGCACAUUAUCCACUGUGACGACGAGUUUUCCGUUGUCAUUUCUUGCUGGAGCCCCGGCCAGAAGAUCCCUCCGCACACGGUGGGGCGAGGUCGCGUGAUGUGGCUGAAAGUUCUUCACGGGAAUCUCCUCUUCCAGGAGUACUCCCCUGGCCUCUUCCCUUGGGAAAGCGAUGUCGAGCGCCAAACGGAGCUCGGUGAGGGCUCGGCCAGCUUUCUGGAGGAGUGUGGUGUGCGCAUGCACGACGUGAAGAAUCUCAGUGAGACUGAGCCAGCAGUUUCGAUUCAAGUUUUCUCUCCUCCUCUCACGUCGUUUACUUUUCAUUCGGAGAAGGGCACGGAGAGACGCGACCUUCCCUGGCUCGUUGGGCAGGCAGAUGCCACCAAGGGAUCUGAGGCAUUCUCCAGUUCGUCUUGCACUCAGCACAGCUGUCAGGACAAGGGAGGUUGGGCAGAUGCUGAUAAUUAA